CCUCCCCUUGUUCAUCCUCCUCAGCCACUACUGCAGCAGCAGAGCCCGGUGUCUCCUGGAUGGAUCCAUGAAGAAAGACCCCCCCUCCACACGGCCUGUCCCCUCCCGCGCCACGAUGAUGGGCCCCCAGCGAUUAACAGCGUCGUUGUGAUGAUGAUAUUGGGUUAUUUCAGCAAUCAAAUAUGAAUCAUGCAUUUGAUAUUUCUCGCCACUUCGCUCGUCUGCGUCCUCUCGCCUUGGCUCCAUCCAUCCCUGGCUUCAUCCGCUUCCCAAGGAGUAGAGGACAAGGUUGAGAGGGACGCAGUGUCAGCACUGCUGAAGCAACAGGCGACUGCAGCACCUGCCACAGACAACACAACACACCAUGCAGCAGAGCAUGCCAUCACCUACCCCUCACGGCUGAUCUACUACCUGAAUGAAGACUCUGAGAGCACCCACCAUGACCUCAACACCCAUGCCAAGAACCAGGCCACGGCUGACCAGACAGUCCACCUCGCCCAGGCCAGUUUCCAGUUAGAGGCAUUCGGUUCCAGAUUUGUUCUGGAUCUAACGUUGAACAAUGACCUGUUGUCUUCUGAUUACGUUGAGAUCCACUACGAAAAUGGAAAACCCGUCCUCUCGAAGGGCGGGGAACACUGCUACUACCACGGCCAGGUGAGGGGGAGCAGCAACUCCCAUGUGGCCUUAUCUACCUGCAACGGGUUGCACGGGAUGUUUGACGAUGGAGUCCAUGCAUAUCUAAUUGAGCCCUUACACCAGGCUCACUUAAUUGAUACAGCUGCAAGGCCUCACAAAAUAAAGAGAGCAGCCUCAAUUCUAUCCAGCCUCAGUUCAGAAGAACAGGUGUACGAGGAUGGGGAGGAAGAUCUCUUCUCUGAGCUAAAUGAGUUAUCCUGGCUGAGGAGCAGAAAAAAACGAGCAGUGAGUCUCUCUGAACUCAUGAUGCCUCGUAGCGUCUUUGAGGAGAUGAAGUAUUUGGAAAUCAUGAUUGUUAGUGACCACAGUAUGUAUAAAAGACACAAAAACAAGCAGCACACGAAAAAUUUUGCGAAAUCAGUGGUGAAUCUUGUUGAUGGCAUCUUCAAAGACCAGCUGCACACGCGUGUGGUGCUUGUUGCUUUGGAGAUCUGGACAGACAAGGAUCAGAUCCCCAUAGGUGUGAAGCCGCUGGAAAUGCUGCGAGAUUUCUCCAAAUAUCGCCAGCAGAGCAUCAAGCUGCACGCUGACUCUGUGCAGCUCCUCUCAAAUGUGACCUUCCACUACAGGAGAAGCAGCGCCGCAUACUUUGGUGGCAUGUGCUCUGUGAGCCGUGGAGUGGGGGUCAAUGAGUACGGCACCACCUCGUCCAUGUUCGUGUCUCUGUCUCAGAGUCUGGCACAAAACCUGGGUGUCCAGUGGGACCCUGCAGCCAAGAGAAAAGAGUGUGGGUGUGUAAACUCGUGGAGCGGCUGCAUAAUGGAGGACACUGGGGUCCAACAUCCACAGAGGUUCUCCAAAUGCAGCAUCUCUGACUACAGGGAGUUUCUUUUGAAAGGUGGAGGCUCAUGUCUAUUUAACAGACCAACAAAGCUGUUUGAGGUGGCACAUUGUGGAAACGGAUAUGUAGAAGUUGGAGAGGAGUGUGACUGUGGACUGAGAUCAGACUGCCACAAGGGCUGCUGCAAGAAGUGUUCACUUGCUAAUGGAGCGCACUGCAGCGAUGGGCCUUGCUGCAACGUCACUUGUCUGUUUUACCCACGUGGUUACAGCUGUCGCUAUGCUGUGAAUGACUGCGACAUUUCAGAGACCUGCACUGGAGACUCUGGACAGUGUCCCCCCAACCUGCAUAAACAAGAUGGUUACAUGUGUCAAGUCAACCAGGGUCGCUGCUACACUGGAGAAUGCAAGACCAGAGAAAACCAGUGCAAAUACAUCUGGGGAUCAAAGGCUGGAAGUUCAGAGAAGUUCUGCUACGAGAAGCUGAACACAGAGGGGACAGAAAAGGGCAACUGCGGAAAAGACGGAGACCGAUGGAUCCAGUGUAGCAAGCAUGAUGUGUUCUGUGGUUAUCUUCUGUGUACCAAUGUGGGGCGAACACCGCGCAUUGGAAUGAUGAAAGGAGACAUCACUCCCACCUCCUUCAACCACCAAGGCAACGUGAUACAGUGCACUGGUGCCCACGUCCUUUUGGACGAUGACACCGAUUUAGGCUACGUGGAGGAUGGGACUCCCUGUGGGCCGUCAAUGAUGUGCCUUGACCAUAAGUGUCUGCCCAUCCAGUCACUCAACAUGAGCACCUGCCCCAUCGGGCCUAAUGGACAGGUGUGCUCUGCCCAUGGGGUGUGCAACAAUGAAGCCACAUGCACAUGUGACGCCACAUGGGCAGGGACAGACUGCAGCAUGCCUGACCCACCCAAAGAGACCGAUAUCACUACAACCGAAGAAACCAAGGUGAGCGUGGCCACUAACAGGCUGAUAGGGGCAGUAGCAGGGACCAUUCUGGCCCUGGGGGUGAUUUUUGGAGGCACAGGGUGGGGAAUAGAAAAUGUGAAGAAGCGGCGUUACGACCCCAACGCCCAGGCCAUUUAACUCAAGGAGAGGCGACAGUCGAAGACGGACUCCUCCGAGGCUUCCUUAGUUGGCUACCUGACAGCUGGACUGCACUUACUGCUG